AUGGGCCAAAAACCAUCAACGCCCAAAGCAGGUGCGACGAUACAAGUCAUCGGCGCAGGCCUACCACGCACAGGGACAUCCUCCUUCAGCCAGGCCCUAGAAAUACUGCUAGACGGCCCAGUCUACCACUGCGGCACGCAAUCAUCAAUGGGCCCACCAGCAGAAAUAAAAGGCUGGAUACCAAUUCUCCGAAACUGGCUAAAAGGCGACCAGGCGAGCCGCGCGACAAUGCUCCCACUUCUGCGCCGCCGAUUGGCGGGCUACGUCGCCAUAACGGAUUCCCCAGGCUCCCAAUUCAUCCCGGAACUGAUGGAAUUGUACCCAGACGCGAAAGUCGUUUGCACGACGCGUGAUCCACUCCUUUGGGAACCCAGUAUGAUGCGCGUGCAGAGUCUAACGGGUGUUUGGUUUGCGCGGCUUGCGCUGUUGCCGCUGGAGGGGAUGCGGCAUUUUAUUCCUUAUGGGCAUUUGCUUGCUGCGCAGUGGGAGAGGUUGUAUGGGGGUGUUUCGGGGUAUCAUGGGCGCGAGACAUAUGAGAGGCAUAUUGCUUGGUUGACCGAGGUUGUGCCUAAGGAGAGGUUAGUUUUCUUUGAUGUCAAGGAUGGGUGGGGGCCGUUGUGUGAGGCUCUGGGGGUGGACAAGCCCCCGGAUCAGGAGUUCCCCCGCAUUAAUGAUUCUGAGGCUAUCGAGAGGACGGUCAAGUAUCAUUUGCGGAGGGGUUUGACUCGUUGGGCUGUGGCUUUUGCUGUUCUUGGUGUUGGCAUUGCGGCUUUCCGCAGGUAUUGUUGA